GGCACGUACUCCUGUGGACAAUUCCAAGUCGCCAACGAGUUGACCCCAGCUAUUGGUUGUUCCUUGGUGACGACUUUAUACGUUACGGCCUCAAACCGGUCCAUUCUUCUCUCGACUAUGAAUCUCGGUCAACAUACGGUCCCUGGGUCCACUGGAGAUGACUUCUGUGGAGCUCAACUGGAAUUGGUCCACUGGCAGCUCUCUCCAGGAAUGAUGUUGGGCUCCUGCCUCGUGCUGGGCGUCUGCGUCUCGUCCUUCCUCUAUCGACAUCAGCAAGACGCGCCACAACAAUCGUUGUAUUUCAUCUUCACUAUCCUCACCUGUAUCACGGCAGGGGGGUUCGCGAGGGCUGGUAUGGACAUGAUUGUUCUGGCUUAUCUGCCGUGGGCUCUCUGCCUGGCCAUGUUCGCUAGCCCAUGUGGGCAUUAUCUCAUGAGGUGGGCGGGAGGGAGGGGGGAAGUCUCUUCCUCCUGGGACACGGAGGAGCAACAGCAGCAGCAGUACUCAUAUGAUGAAAAGGCUACGUUUCUGGGCUGAGCCUUGUUUGCGACUGAGGUUCUGUAGGUCAAGAGGGAUCAAUCCUCAGAAGAGCGGAACGCUUACUCUCCUUAUGGUCCUUCUGCUUAUGCAUGCGUGUUCUUAAUACGCUCAAAAUUAUACCAAAAGAGUGCGUGUUCAGGAUGGGGAAUAUGGGUGGAAAUACAGAUUUGGUCCGAGAGAGAUGCGCUGAUAACAUUUGAUUGCAGUAGUUCUCGAAUUGCAUAUG